GGACUCUUUCCUUUCUCAAACGCCUUGGUGAAGAAAGCAGUCGCCUCUCUCUCUCUCUCUCUAUCUCGUGCUCGCGCACGGGGACGUGCACUGAGUCUUGCAAUAUAUAUAUGGCUGAAGAUGGCGAAGUCGUGUUCGAAGAAGAAGGAAUGACUUGGCUUCCAUCCCAUGUCCCAGACGAAACCUGCCAAGCCAAGACAUAUUUGAGGAAUCAACAGAACCAGCAACGACACGGUCCUCCUGCCCGAGCACAGGCUGUUGAGCCGGAGCCUCUUCGACGGAAAACGAAGCGUCCCGCGAAGUCUCAUUUUGGGCCCAAAUCUCUGUGUUCAAAUUGGGUUUCUGGAGGACCCGGGAUGCAAGCAAUUUUCCUGGAUUCGGGUCGGAGGUCCGAGGGCACCGGCGUUUUCCUUCCACAAACACCAAGGGCGAAUCCCCAGCCCAGCCGCGAGAAGCCGGCUUGUGCACCGGUCCUCCUGCCUUCUCGGGUCGUUCAAGCGCUCAACCUCAAUGUGCAAUCCCUUGGCUUGCGCAUUUCCCGAAGACCAGAUACCAAAGAAAAACCCAACAACGUGGAACCAAACCUGGUGAAGAAUCAAGAUGGAAAGGAUGCAACGCAACGUCGUAUUGUAAUGCAGAGCCAAAGCUCAUCCUCCUCCUGCUCCUCAGAUUUACUUCUUCCCAAAGAAUGGACCUACUGAUAGAUCUCUCGUGAAACUACGAAGAGGAUUCAAUUUUUUGUGACCUCCAAACCGAUCACAAAAGAGAUGGCCCGUUGCGCAAUCUAUUGUAGUUCAUAAGAGGCUCCGAAAUGUGGACGCCGCGGAAUUUGAUGGUGUCGAGCAUGUAACUUUCUACACAACCGUAGCUCGACACCACCGCCUUCGUUUCCGAAUGCGUGAGUUGAGACAUGGGGUAGUUGGGUCGGGAACACGGUGUAUCCGAUCAAUCAUAUUAUUAAUCGUUUAUGGACUUUGCAUU